AUGAAAUUAGGUAUCAUUCCCUAUCAGGAGAGUACCGAUAUUGUAUACAAAAAUGCUUCCCAAGAUCAGCAAGAACAAAAGAGACCCAAUUUACCACAGUUAGACGUAACGCACCAAGUCGAAUCAUCAGUCCAAAAAACAAAUAUUAAAUUUGUACGCACAGAGGAUAUCCCACUGAAUCGAAGGCACUUUGUGUAUAGGCCGUGUUCUGCAAAUCCGUAUUUCACCACUUUAGGUUAUGGUUGUACAGAAUACCCGUUUGACCAUUCUGGAAUAAGCGUGAUGGAUAGAUCAGAAGGGUUAUCAAUAGCUCAAGAUAGAAAUGACUUGGUUAGUGUUCAGGACCAAUACGGCUGGCGUUCAGCAAGAAGCGACGUCUGUAUCAAAGAAGGGACGACAUAUUGGGAAGUGGAAGUGAUUCAUGGAGGCAAUGACAAGCCCACACCAGGAGAUGAUGGUUCAGUAAGUGAAGUGCAAAAUGGUUCAUAUGAAAAGAGACGCAAGCAAGUGAAUGACACCCCCCAUCUACGAUUGGGGGUUUGCAGAAGAGAGGCCAGUUUAGAGGCUCCCGUUGGAUUCGAUGCGUACGGGUAUGGUGUUAGGGAUAUUUCGUUGGAGUCCAUUCAUGAGGGGAAACUGAACUGCGUUUUGAAAAACGGGUUGCCAUUGAAGGAAGGUGAUAAAAUCGGAUUUCUAUUGAAGCUCCCCAGCAUUCAAACGCAAAUUGAACAAGCUAGAGAAUUUACCAAAAGAAGAAUUCUUGCCUUAGAUUCACAUAUGGACUCAAUGAAUGAACCGUGGAAAGAAGAUACUGAAAACGGGCCUUCGAGGAAAAAAUUGAAACUGGAGACAACAAACAAGGAAUUCCAAAGGGCGUUACUAGAAGACAUUAAAUAUGAUGAUGUUAUUCGCGACCAAAUCGCCAUCAGGUACAAAAAUCAGUUAUUCUUCGAGGCCACUGAUUACGUAAAAACUACGAAACCGGAAUACUAUUCUUCUGAUAAAAGAGAAAGACAGGACUACUACCAGCUGGAGGAGUCCUUCUUGGCAAUAUUUCAAAACGGUAAGUACAUCGGCAAGGCAUUUGAAAACCUGAAACCGUUUUUACCACCAUUCAGUGAACUACAAUACAAUGAAAAAUUUUAUCUUGGAUACUGGCAACAUGGUGAAGCUCAUGAAGACACCAAUGAAAAAGGUAUACCCAGCGCAAAGAAAAGAAAACAGCAAAAGAAGAAAGGUUUAAUUCUCAGAAACAAGUACGUACAUAACAACAAACUAGGAUAUUAUCCGACAAUCAGUUGCUUCAAUGGCGGAACAGCCAGGAUAAUCACCGAAGCAGAUAAAUUAGAGUAUUUGGGUCAAAUCCAAUCGAACUAUUGUGCUGGAAAGAAUUUACAAGUUAACACAUUGGAUACACUAUACAAAGAACAAAUAGCCGAAGACAUAGUUUGGGACAUAAUCGACGAAUUAGAGCAGGCUGCUUCAAUUUGA